ACAGAGGUCCUGAGAUGAACAUGUUGUCUUUGAAAAAGAAGAGAAUACCAGCUCAGCGGGUGGUCUCAGGGUGGGGGGUUACACACCAAGUGUUGGCAUGUGGACAUUUUUAUUUUUUUUACCUGAUGGAUUAGCCUUUUAGUAGAGACUGUGAUUGUGCAACCGAGUGUGCAGGAAAACAGACAGAUUACGUGUUUUACAGCUCUGAUGAGCUUCAUGAGGUUACCAAGCUUUUGCUGAGCGAAUCAGGCGACUUAUAUUUAGCCUCGCAAAUGGUGAACUAUGGAUCAUGUCUUGGUGUUCUCCAGUUUCGUCUUCAGUGCAUUUUGUUGAUUGUAAGAAGGGCUGCAGAUGUCCAUGAGGCUGCUUCAUGGUCUCAGACCACCUCUCCUUUGACUUAAACUCCUUUUCCUUUCUACUGAACUCCAUUCGCACACUCGUAUACCCCUCCAUCUCUGGAUAAGACUUUUUUCGCCCAAUCGUCUGUCUUCUCAGCUUUGAGAUAUCUUUAGUUUGUAUCCAAAGGUUUUUCGAGCCAAACUGUACCUGUAGCUCAGUAGGUGUCUGCUGGUAGAUUCUACUCAUACCAACUUGGACACCACAGAUUACUUCACCAGACUUUUGAAGUUUUUAAUCAAACAGCGUCAUGGAUAUUCUAGCCUUGGAGGCAAAGAGCCAAAAUGGAGCAGAAGCUGAAAAGAAGUCUACACCAAAGCCAAAGCCAAAAGCGCCCAAGAAGGCUAAAAGGAUAGUUUACUUUGAGGUGGAGAUCUUGGUCUUGAAGACUAAGGAGAAGCUGCUGUUGUUGGACAAGGUGGAGCCAACUGCCACCGUUUUGGAUAUUAAAGCCUUGUUUCACAAAUCAUAUCCAAAGUGGCAACCAGCCAGGCAGUCUCUGCGUUUGGAUCCAAAGGGCAAGAGUCUCAGGGAUGAGGAAGUUCUCCAAACACUACCUGUGGGAACUACAGCCAGCUUUUAUUUCAGUGACCUGGGACCCCAGCUCACAUGGGGAACAGUGUUUUUAGCAGAAUGUGUUGGGCCGCUGAUUCUUUAUUUAAUGUUCUACUUCCGCCUUCCCUUCAUUUACUCUCCAAAAUAUGACUUCACCACCAGCAAGCACUGGGUUGUACACUUGGCCUGCAUGUGUCACUCCUUUCACUACAUCAAGAGGAUUUUGGAGACGCUGUUUGUUCAUCGUAUCUCCCAUGGGACCAUGCCUCUCAGAAACAUAUUUAAGAACUGUGGCUAUUACUGGUGCACUGCAGCCUGGAUGGCAUAUUACAUCAACCAUCCUCUCUACACUCCGCCCUAUUACGGGCUGCAGCAGGUGAACACCGGGCUUUACAUUUUCUUGUUCUGCCAAGUAGGAAAUUUUUCAAUCCACAUUGCACUGCGUAAUCUAAAAUCAUCAGGCUCAAAAGUCAAGAAAAUACCUUACCCAACAAAAAAUCCCUUCACGUGGAUAUUUUGGCUAGUCUCCUGUCCAAACUACACAUAUGAGCUGGGCUCCUGGAUUGGCUUCACGGUGAUGACACAAUGUGUGCCUGUGGCGUUCUUCACCCUUGUGGCCUUCGUCCAGAUGGCUGUGUGGGCUAAAGGCAAACAUCGCAGCUACUUAAAGGAAUUCAGAGAUUAUCCCACCCUCCGUUCAUCCAUACUGCCCUUCAUCCUGUAGCAGAGUCUGGAAAGGAGAACAGUCAUUCCUGCUCACAUCCAUGUGUGCUGAGGCUACAGGUGCAUCUCCGUAAAAUACAAUACCAUCAAAGUGCUCAUGUAUUUCAGUAAUUCAACUUAAAUAUUGAAACUCAUGUAAUAUUUCAUUUCAUGCUGUGCUGACUUUGGACUGUUUGAAAAACAGCGGACCAACACCAGCAGAUGACAAAUCAUCACCAACUGUAGAAACUGCAAAGUUGACCUCAAGCAGCUUGGAUUCUGUACAUCUCCACUCUUCCUCUAAACUCUGGGACCCUUGAUUUCCAAAUAAAAUGCAAAAGUUACUUUAAUCUAAAUAGAGGACUUUGGACGACUGAGCUACUGACCAGUCCUUUUUCUCCUUAACCCAAGUAAGACGCUUCUGACAUUUCUUCUGGUUCAGCAGUGGCCCAUGUCUCAUAUACGUCUGUGUGUGGCGGUUCUGGCAGCUUUGACUCCAGCUGCAGCCCACACCUUGUAAAUCUCCCCCAUACUCUUAAAUGGCCCAGAGUUUGGCCUCUCAAAGCUGUUGCUAAUACUGUUUCUUGGGCACCUUUUGCCACCACACUUUUUCCUUCCACCCAACUUUCUAAUCAUAUGCGUGGAUACAGCACUCUGUGAACAGUCAGCUACUUUUGCAAUUAUCUUGCAAGGCUCACCAUCAUUGUGCCAACAAAUCGCCAUAUUCUAAUUUUCUGAGGAAGUGAAUUUUGGAUUUUCAAACAAAAAAAUUGCCAAAAUUAUCAAAAUUACCACUUGAAAUCUCUCU